CCGGAGCGGAUCGGAACCCGGAGCGCGGAUCCGAUCCGGGUCUGGCCAUUGCCGGGGCAGGUUUAAAAAAUGGCCGAAGAUGGCAGUGAUGAGAUUAUGUUUAUUUGGUGUGAGGACUGUGGGCAGUACCAUGAUUCAGAGUGUCCUGAGCUGGGCCCAGUGGUGACAGUCAAAGACUCCUUUGUCUUGAGCAGGGCAAGGUCAUCUCUGCCUUCUAAUUUGGAGAUAAGACAACUGGAAGAUGGGACUGAAGGAGUGUUUGCUCUGACCCAGCUGGUGAAACGCACCCAGUUUGGCCCAUUUGAGUGCAAGAGAGUUCUCAAGGUGGAAAAAGAAUCAGUUUUUCCCCUGAAGGUGUUCCAGAAGGAUGGGCCCCUGGUGUAUUUUGACACCACAAACGAGGACGAUUGCAACUGGAUGAUGAUGGUGCGACCGGCCACCGAGUAUGAGCACCAAAACUUAACUGCCUUCCAGCAUGACAAUGACAUUUACUUCACCACCUGCCAGGAUAUCCCGCCAGGGACUGAGCUGCGAGUGUGGUAUGCAGCUUUUUACGCCAAAAAAAUGGAAAAGCCAGUGCUGAAGCAGGUCCCUAGUGUUGCCAAUGAUGUGUGCUUGGCAGUGAUGGAAUCUGAUAAAGAAGGGAAUAAGGUCUCUUCAAAACCUUCUGCUGUCUUACCCCAUAAAAAAACAAAGAAAUCCAGCAUAUCAGCAGCUGAUCCAGCAGUGAACACUCCGGAAGGCAGUGGAACAGCAGAAGCAAAGCCCAGCCAGUGGAUGUGUAAAGUGUGUUCAUCUGCUUUCCAGGAGCCUCAACUGCUGACAGAGCACUUGCUGAGUCACCUGGAACAAGCCAAAGGUGCCCCCCAGCCCAGCCCAAAUGAUGCUGUGGCAGAGAAGGCAGCAGAGGCUCCCCCCAUGGAGCAGCCAGAGCCCAGUGAUGCAGCCAGUGCCAGCACAGACUCCAGGAGAAAGGCCAGGAGGGGGAGAAAGGCCAAAACACCAAAAGCAGAAGCACCUCUUGUCGUUGAUGAAGAGAAAGAUCCCGCAGUGGAACAUGUGGCUGACAUUGUAACUGAGCUCCCUCCAGAAGAGCUCGCCCUGCCUCCACCUGCAGAGGAGAGGAUUAUGGAUUUGGUUUUAGGAAAGAUGCCUAGCACCACAAAUAGCAUCAGCUCAGUGACAAAUAGGUUUGCUCAUCACCAAAACACCAUGUCCCUCAAAAGAAGUUUAAUUCUCUCUAGUAGACACAGGAUACGGCGGAAGCUGAUAAAGCAGCUUGGGGAGCACAAGCGGGUCUAUCAGUGCAGUAUCUGCAGUAAGAUCUUCCAGAACAGCAGCAACCUCAGCAGGCACAUCCGUUCUCAUGGUGACAAACUAUUUAAAUGUGAGGAAUGUGCAAAGCUGUUCAGCAGGAAGGAGAGCUUGAAGCAGCACGUUUCAUACAAGCACAGCAGAAACGAAGUUGACAGUGAGUACAGGUACAAAUGCACCACGUGUGAAAAGGCCUUUCGGGUAGAGAGUGCACUGGAAUUCCAUAACUGCAGGACAGAUGACAAGACUUUCCAGUGUGAGAUGUGUUUCAGAUUCUUUUCUACAAACAGCAACCUUUCAAAACACAAGAAAAAGCACGGGGAUAAGAAGUUUGCAUGUGAAAUCUGCAAUAAGAUGUUCUACAGGAGGGAUAUCAUGCUAGACCAUCAAAGAAGACACUUGGGAGGGGUGAGGCGUGUGAAAAGAGAAGACUUUGAGCACAGCACGGAGAACAUGGUUCGCUACAAGAAGGAGCCUUCGGGAUGCCCCGUGUGUGGGAAGGUAUUUUCAUGUAGGAGCAACAUGAACAAACACCUUCUAACACAUGGAGACAAGAAGUACACUUGUGAAAUCUGUGGACGUAAAUUUUUCAGGGUGGAUGUGUUGAGAGAUCAUAUUCAUGUCCAUUUUAAGGACAUAGCCCUCAUGGAUGAUCACCAGAGAGAAGCAUUCAUUGGUAAAAUUGGAAUCUCAUCAGAGGAAAAUGAUGACAACUCUGAUGAAAGUGCAGAUUCUGAGCCUCACAAGUAUAGCUGCAAAAGGUGCCAGCUGACUUUUGGCAGAGGGAAGGAGUACCUGAAGCACAUCAUGGACGUGCACAAGGAGAAGGGCUACGGCUGCAGCAUCUGCAACCGGCGCUUCGCCCUGAAGGCGACGUACCACGCACACAUGGUCAUCCACCGGGAGAACCUGCCUGACCCCAAGGUGCAGAAAUACAUCCACCCAUGUGAAAUCUGUGGAAGGAUUUUUAACAGUAUAGGAAAUCUGGAAAGACAUAAGCUUAUACAUACAGGUGUAAAAAGUCAUGCUUGUGAGCAAUGUGGCAAAUCAUUUGCUAGGAAAGACAUGUUAAAAGAACAUAUGCGAGUCCAUGAUAAUAUCCGAGAAUACUUGUGUGCAGAGUGUGGCAAAGGAAUGAAGACAAAACAUGCACUUCGUCACCACAUGAAACUUCACAAAGGGAUUAAGGAAUAUGAGUGCAAGGAAUGCCACCGAAAAUUUGCACAGAAGGUCAAUAUGCUGAAGCAUUACAAAAGACACACAGGAAUCAAAGAUUUCAUGUGUGAGCUCUGUGGGAAGACGUUUAGUGAGAGAAACACAAUGGAGACUCACAAGCUGAUUCAUACAGUAGGAAAACAGUGGACAUGUUCAGUGUGUGAUAAGAAGUAUGUCACUGAUUACAUGCUACAGAAGCACAUCCAGCUCACUCAUGAUAAGGUGGAAGCCCAGAGCUGUCAACUGUGUGGGACAAAGGUUUCUACCAGAGCCUCCAUGAGUCGGCACAUGAGGCGUAAACAUCCAGAAAUCCUUUCAGUGAGGAUUGAUGAUUUAGAGCAGCUGCCAGAGACAACUACCAUUGAUGCCUCUUCGAUUGGGAUUGUUCAGCCGGAAUUAGCCUUGGAACAGGGCGAAUUACCAGAAGGGAAACAGCACAUAAAAGCUCCUAAACGUGGCCAGAAACGAAAACAAAAGUCGGGUGAGGAGGAGGAAGCUCAAGUGCCUGAGGACCCUGCCUUCAGUGAAUACACAGAGAAGGAAGGUGAAUUCACAGGGAAUGUUGGAGAUGAGACUAAUUCAGCUGUACAGAGCAUCCAGCAGGUGGUGGUGACCCUCGGCGACCCAAACGUCACGGCCCCUUCCAGCUCUGUGGGGCUCACAAACAUCACCGUCACUCCCAUCACAACAGCAGCUGGGACCCAGUUCACAAACCUCCAGCCAGUGGCCGUGGGCCACCUGACUGCCCCGGAGCGCCAGCUGCAGCUGGACAACUCCAUCCUCACCGUCACCUUCGACACCGUCAGCGGCUCCGCGAUGCUGCACAACCGCCAGAACGACGUUCAGAUCCAGCCCCAGCCAGAGGCGACCAACCCCCAGUCCGUGGCCCAUUUUAUAAACCUGACCACCCUGGUGAACUCCAUUGCUCCUCUGGGGAACCAGAUUUCGGAACAGCACCCCCUGACCUGGAGGUCAGUGCCUCAGACUGAUGUCCUGCAGCCCCAGGCGCCGGCGACGCAACAGCAGCCGGGGCAGCAGCCGGUUCAGACAGAGCAGCAGCAGCAGAUGUACAGCUACUAAUUUAUAACUUUGGGAAGUUUUGAAAUGGACUGUACUCAGAGACAAAAAAAAAAAAAAAAAAAAAAAAAAAAAAAACAAAACAUUGGAAAAUUUCUAAUAGGAUUGUUUGCUGGAUACCAAACAGAGACGGGAAAAUGUUUAUACAGUGAGGUGUGAGGUAAAAUUGGCGUAGCAGCACCCUGCAGCACCCUGAUCUGAGAUUCUCAUGCUGUCUGUAGACCUUGCACUGUCUUAACAAAACAAAAAAGGAAAAAAAAAAUCUCACCACAAAUUCAGCAUCCCCUUGCACUCGUGCAGUAAGAUUGAGAUUUGACAGGUGUCAAAUCAUCAUACACCUUAACCAAAGCAGGGAAAUCCUAAAUGUUACGGCACUUGUGAUGUACAAAACCCUUUCAGCCAUACCAUGUCACUUCUCUGCAGUCUGGAAGUGAAAUGUGAAGACCUUGUUCACAGUGAGUGGAAUGUACUUGUGGUCAGCUGGUAGAGACUGAAACGUGAAGACACAAAUGGGCAAAACAAUAAUUGUCUUUGUUUCUUAUUUUCUUUAGGUCUUGUAUCUUAACAACACUGGUAAACUAGGUGGAAUUUGGGGCUUUGGGGUGGGCAUGAGUGUGGUGUGGAAGAAAAUAUACCCAUUUUACAAAGUAUUUCCAUUUUAGUCAUGGGAAAAACCCUGUACCCGUCACACAGUGUUAGUGCUACUUGAAUCAGAUAGCUGGUCUGAUGCUAAAGCAACUUUUGGGGUCUUCUAGUCAAGUUUGAAUCAAACCAAUUACAAACUGAAAAAAAAAAAAAAAAAGAAUGUGAUACAGUUUUAUGUAAUUUUUCAAACCUGCUCUUUCAAUCUUGCUUUUAGCUAAUAGGCCUGAAGAGCAAUCAGUCCCCUUUGAUCAAGUUCAGGAUGUGAAUUUUUUUCAAUUCGACUUAUUUCAUCGUGUAAUAAACAUUUGAGAAAGCAUUCUUUUUAUAUAUAUAUACAUAUACAUAUAUAUAUAUAUAGCCUUUGUACUUUACUGUGUGUUCCUGGUGAAUAUUUGUGUGAAAAACAUUGUUGCCAAUACGAUUCAUUGAUUUUUUUCAUCCCCAUGUUGCCUUUUCUCACGGAAAUAACGUAUGGAUUCUGUUCCUUCUGUUUCCAGAAGUAUUUCCAAAAUCCGUGGCCACACACAGGGUUGUGUGUCAUGCAGGAAAAGGGAAUGUCUGAAGCAUUUUCUGUGUGCUGCCACAUGGAGUCAGUGUGCCCCAGUGUAUAACGGGCAAGGUUUGCAUGACUGUUGGGGAUACAAAUAGUGGGUUGGGUCAAGGACAUCUUUGCUGACACUUCACUCUCAUUCCAUUCUCCAUACAUUGAUGUGCAGUCUGGACUUUAGCAUGUCAAGAAGAUAGUACUGUUCCCACAGGAAGAAAAAAGAAAAAAGAGCUGAUAGCAAAAAGGAAUAAACUAAAAAAAAAAUAAAUAUAUAUAAUAUAUAAAAUAUGUUGCUGCCUGGAAUCCUGAAAGGCAAAUCUGUCCUUCCAGCUGAAGAACAAGGUCCUUUGGGGCAGCAGACUGAGCCACAGAACCUUGCUGGGGAUUCUUGCUGAGGAUAAAGCAGCUGCUGUGUUUGACAGAUGGAUUGAUGGUUGUAAAAAUCCUGUCUGUGCCUGUCAUAGUUAUGAAAAUGUUCCAUGUAUUAGCAAAAAUACAAAUAGGAAUGACUUCAGCUUUGAAA